ACUCUGUCAAAAACAAAAAUAAAAAAAUAAAGGCUGAAAAUUUUACCAGCCAAAAUUAAAUUUUAACCAGUUAGCAGUUUCCUGGUACUUUGCCCAUAACAAUUUUAAAAGUUGUGGUUGAGCACUGCAUGCUAGUGGCAUAUCACAAAACUCCGUGCUGCCACCAUAGAUGAACUCAGAGGAACUUCUCCUUAACCAAGUUGCCAUUUUCCCCUCCUGAGUCCUUGAAAGAGCAAGACAACUCCAUGCUUUGCUCCUUCCUAGUCUAGUAGUGACUCAGGAACACAGCUUAUAGACUUUAGCCCCAGCUCCCCACAGAAGGGUUUGGAGGCUGAGUAUAGGAAGGGCCAGGAUCCACGCUGGGAAACUGCUUGGUCCAUGAUGGUGACCCUCAAGGCAAUAAACAGGACUGAGUCCUGCAGAGGAGCUGGCCUGACUGCAGAGGACAAAAGCAGGGGUGUGAGUAGGUAAAGUGGAGGUCAAAGCACGAGGCUUCUUCAUCCAACCAAGGACAUAAAAAGUUGCAGCAAUUUCACAUCCAGGAAUCUAAUUCCAGUAUUGCGAUAUAGGAGAAACCAAAGUGUUGUCUCCCACUCUCACACAGCCAGCACACUUUUAACACCAGAUGUGUGGGGGAUGUUUCCCCAUACACCAAGCAAUUCUGCAACAGACACCAGCUGGGUGGCCUGUAAUUCAAUGCAAUUCUGGCGCUACGUACCUGGAAAUAGCAGGGGCUCAGGGUUUGAUCCUAUGAGACCGCCCCCCGUUUCAGAUGCCAAUCCCAGGUAGUAGGUUGUCUCCUGUACCUCUGACUGCCCAGCUAUAAACUGGAAUUCCCCCGACCCACUCCUUGUUUGGAUUAAUUUGCUAGAGUGGAUCACAGACUCAGUGAAACACUUUACUUCUGUUUGCCCAUUUAUGACCAAGGAUAUUACAAAGCAUAUAGAUGAACAGCGAGAUGGAAGAGAUGCACAGGGCAAGAAAUAUGGGAAGGGCUGUGGCGCUUCCACAUCCUCUCUGGGCACGCCACCGUCUAGGAACCUGAUGUUCUGCUCUCCAGAACUCAACAAACCCUGUCCUCUGGGCUUUUAUACAGGCUUCAUUGCAUAUGUCUGAUUGAUAACAUCAUUGGUCAUUGGUGUUCAACUUAACCUUCAGUUCCUCUCCUCUCUGUGGAGGUUUGGGGGGAGGGGGUGGGACUAAAAGUCCCAACCUUCUAAUCCUGCCUUGAUCUUUCUGGUGACCAGCCCCCAUCCUGAAGCUAUCUGGGGGCUCCAAGUCACCAACCAUCUUAUUAGCAUACAAAAGGUAUUUUCAUCACUCUGGAAAUUCCAAGGAAUUUAAGAGCUUUAGGUCAGGAAACAGGGACUACAAUCAAAUAUGUAUUUCACAAUAGCACACACAGAUGUACCUGCACAAGUACAUACUGAUCUAUGUACAGGGAUAUUCACUGAAGCAUUGUUGGCAACCACACACAAAAAAACUGGAAAUAAUCAUCCAUGGUUAUAUCAGUUCAAUAUAUUACUGUAUAAUCAUACUACGAGAUGUAACGCAACUACAAGAAAGAUCAUAUAUAAGUGAUAUGAUAAUGUUGAUACAUUAAAUUAGAAGAGUAUGUGGCAGGACAAUUUGCUUACUACUAUUCCAUUUUUUUAUAAGGGAAUAUACAAAUAGUCUUGUAUGUGUAUAGAAAGCACUGGAAGGGCAACCUAGGAACCGUGGGAACUUUUUGGGGAGGGUGGCAAGGAAAGAGAGACCUUUACUUUUCAUUUUCUAUCCUAUUUCUGUUUGACUAUUUGCUGUGUGUAUGCAGUCUAUUCAUAAUUAAAACAAACUAAUUUAAAAUGACGGAAAAGUGAAGCAUAGCAGGAAAAAGUAGUCAAGGGUAAAGAACAUUUUUCCCCAAAAGCUCAGUUAAGAACACUUCUUAACUGUACUCAGUGAAUGUGGAGACCCAAAGAGAAAACAGUCUCUGUAUCUUUUCCUUAAUGUCGCUCAGAGCUAGGCCUCUACUUACCUGGUGAGGACCCAGGUCGGUCUCCUGCCCUGGCAUUUGGACGUGAUCUGAGAGGAGUGAGUUAGGUAAAGGAACCUUCUGGACCAUAGACAACAGCCAGGCUCAGCAGGGAUCACUGAGGUAGGAAUCCUCCCACCCAACCCCUUAAAAAAGAGCCAGCAGUUAUUAAAAACAUGGGACUAGAGCGGGGCAGACUGGGUUUAUGGGCUUGUUACUACGGUGGUGAUGCUAACAGCUAAAAGGCCAUGGAAGGUUGUUUCAAAUUAAUUGGCCUGCAGAGUAGGAAAAAAAAAAAUGACCCUACUAAUGAUCCUAGGUAAUUCUGUCUUCUAGGUUACAGCAAGCAGCCCCCAGAAUGGCCUUUAUUGAAGCCUGAGUGAUAAGAAGCCUGUAGCGGGGUGAGGGGGACCUGCUUGGAAAAAGGUCCCGAAAGAGAGGAGCUCUCCCUAACUCUCCAAUGACAUGGGAAAAUUUUACUCAUACAAAAUUCCCUGGAAACCCAGCCACCCACCCGCUGCAAGAGAAGGCCUAGAGAUGCAGAGGCCAGAGCCAGCCUCAGGCCACAGCUCUUCUUCCCCAUGCUGGGGGUGCUGCUGCUUGCCUUCACCCCGACCCUGUAUCCCCACUUUCCACUGCCCCAGAUCGCCCAGGCUGAAUGUCUCCUCUUCUCCUCCACUAUUCUGAGCUGCGAAGAGCUAAUUCCAAUGUGUUCAGCAUAUGGAAAAGUGAGGAACUGAACCCCUUCCACCCCUACCUCCCUAGGCAACCUGUAGAGCUCUUGAGCCCUAAUACCAGUGUCUGGGAGGCGCGUAAACGCUUCCAUUUUUAUCCUUCCACUGCAGAAAAUGCUCGGUUUAUUCUGGGAGACACUCAGACCCCUCGGGACAAGGGUGGCUAGAGAGAGGUCCAAGCUGCCCUGGGUGAGUGGGGAGUCAAGGCAGGCCAAAGCUUCAGAUUUAGACAGUAACCACCAAAUCCGACCUGGGCUGCAGGUCCAAGGCCUUUUCCUCUUUCCUGCAUGCUCCGCUCUGCCGUUGGCCCAUCUUCCAAUGUAACCCCUAUAACCACCAAAGCAAAAAGGCCUGUCCCAACUCCAUCCUCACGGCGCCAUCCCCAACCCUCUGAGGAUCCCGCUUCAUGUCUCCUCUAUUUUACAAAGCAGCCCUCCUUGCAGCCCUCACGAAAAGUUCUGCAGUGGGGUCCCCCAGCGCGGGGCCCUUCCCCAGACCCUUAAAGAGAAAGUUCGUUUAGUGGGCCAUACCCGGGCAGCGCGGGCCCUGCCCUGGCCUGGUUCUACUUGUGUUCUGAAGUCCCUGACCACCGCCUUGAGUCCAGCCCUCGUCCAGGGGCGGCGGUGCAGGGGAGACCGCGCGGCCUGGCCUGAAGUGCGGCCGCUCCCAUCCCUUCCCCGGGCCUAGGGUGGGUCCCCCGCCGACAAACUCAGGAGGGGCCGCGCCCCUGUCCCCUACGCGCUCACAAACGCCUUGGUCGCCCGAACCUUCGGCCCCGCAGCGUUCGGCUGCAGGACCGCGACACUGCAGGGCCCCAGCUCUGCGCGCUGCGCUUCGGCCCGUCGGCGCGGGAGGACGCGCGGCCGCGCCUGCCUCGGUGGCCGCGCGGGGUGGGAGCAUUUCAGAGCGCCCAAGCCAUGGUGGCCAAACAGCGGAUCCGGAUGGCUAACGAGAAGCACAGCAAAAACAUCACCCAGAGGGGGAACGUAGCCAAAACCCUGAGGCCGCAAGAGGAGAAAUAUCCUGUGGGACCAUGGCUGUUGGCACUGUUUGUUUUUGUUGUCUGUGGCUCAGGUCAACCACAUAAAUUGGCCUUUCCUGGAGACUGCCAGAACUUUCUCAAAACUGUAACAUCCAGAGGGAGUCACCCCCACCCAGGACCGGCAAGUGGGAUGUUUAAGGAACGGGCCGGCCCUGGACGAAAGACUGAGGCCAUUCAUCUGCUCUGGAGUUCAUCCUCGGGAUCUGAGAGGCACAGCCUGGAGAAGACAUCUCAUCAGCCAUCGGCUCCCUUAAGGUGUCCAAGAACAAUUCCCCAAGGUUCCGUGCAUCGCUUCUCUUUGUAUCCUCGAAGUGCGGUGUCUGAUACAGAGGAUGUGCUCACCGAUGCCGGAUGAUGAAACGUUGAAUGACUUGUGUCCUAGGGUUCUGGAUAACUCUGUUUUACCGUGGAUCCUGGAUGUAUUCCAGGAUGACUUUAUGAAGGCGA